AUGUCACACAAAGGGAUCACAAGAUUAUUAUUUGAAUCUUUGAAACGAUGGCAUUUGGAAACAGGCAAAAGACAAACAGACGAUUAUGAAAAACGUAUGCAUAGUUUAAAAGAAGAAGAAUCUCGUUAUAUGGCUAAAUUAUUAUUUCAACAAACAGCGUCUUUACACAUGCGCGUACCAGAAACAUCAGUUUUGCAUAAUCCUGUUACGGGUGGUCAACAACCGUUACUAGAAAAACAAGUUUCAGCUAGACGAGAUCUUUUUUUAACGUCAAAAAAUGGAUCAGAUUCGUUGACAACAACUACAAAUUUAGUAUCACAAGCACAUCAACACAGUCAAUUAGCUCCAAAAUCAAAUCGUUCAAAUCAACAGCCACAAAGACAUGAAUCCGAUGAACAUGAAUGGAAUAUAGAAGAUGAUUUUCAGCCGUUGAACAUCACAGAUAACGAGACAAUAGAUGAAAAUCAUCAUCAUCACGAAAAGAAAACUCGUCCAUUGUAUCACGAAGAAUAUGAAGAUGUAGAGAACGAAGAAGAAAAUGAUCAAUGUCACGAUGGUAGAAAUCUAAAUUUACAUACUUACUUUGAUCAUUAUCAACAACUUAUGCAGGAACAAGAAUCACAACAACAAGAACUCUCUUCAAAUAUCAAUCCUGAUCAAGAACAAGACCAGAAUAUGCUAAGUACAAUUUUAGAGGCAUCAUGUGAAGAAGCAACGCCAAUGACAUCACUCAUUGAUGUACAUUAUCAAAAACAACAACAAUCACAGUUUGAUUCAAUACAAAAUCAACAAAGUCGCAAAGUCAAUUUAGAACAAAUACCUAAACAACAACAAUAUUCUUCCUAUAACGAUAAAGAUGAAUACGAAGAAACAAAGGAUGUAUCAAAAUUUCAAAAAAACACAAAAAAACUGCCAAAAUCACAGUUUCCUGUAAUUAAUGUUGAUGCUUUACCCGUAUCCACAGCAUUUUCAAAAGAUGAAAAUUUAAAAUUUGCUGAUUUUCUGUUACAAAAGCUUCAGAAUGAGUUUGUUGUCAAAGCACAUUUCGAUAAUUUCAAAAAUAUUCUGUUAUAA